GUGUUGUCGUCACUCCGGGCAGAGAUCCGCUGGUUCUGUGUUUGAACGUCGGGGACGAGCGGGAGCGUGACACCGGACAGAAGCUCAGAUGGCGUCAGACAUUGUUGCACAGUUGGCCGACUCUCUGGCCAAGGCUGGAGUGGAGGACGGAGAGCUGAGCUACAAAGGCCAGGGCCGGAAGCUGGAUGACGCCCAGUCAGUGGAGGAGAUAGUGAAGGAGAUCCAGGACUUCGAGGGUCUUCAGGCCCUGAGGUUGGAGGGAAACACGUUUGGAGUGGAGGCUGCACAGGCCAUCGCCAAGGCCCUGGAGACAAAGAGCCAGUUCCAGCGCUGUUAUUGGAGUGAUAUGUUCACGGGUCGUCUGCGCCCUGAGAUCCCUCCUGCUCUGAAUUCACUUGGUGACGCUCUGAUGCUGGCAGGUGCCAGGCUGACUGUUCUAGACCUCAGUGACAACGCCUUUGGGCCGGAUGGGGUGAAGGGCAUCGAGAACUUGCUUAAAAGCACCGCCUGCUACACACUGCAGGAGCUACGGCUCAAUAACUGUGGCAUGGGCAUCGGAGGGGGGAAGAUCUUGGCCGCCUCAUUGAUCCAGUGCCAUAAAAAGUCCAGCGCUGAAGGCACCCCCCUCAGCCUGAAGGUGUUUGUAGCAGGGAGGAACCGGCUGGAGAACGAUGGAGCCACUGCCCUCGCUCAAGCUUUCAAGUUGAUGGGCACCAUGGAGGAGGUUCACAUGCCCCAGAACGGCAUCAAUCACCCGGGGGUGACGGCCCUGGCCUCAGCCAUGCAACACAACCCAGCACUCCGCAUCCUCAACCUCAACGACAACACCUUCACUGAGAAGGGGGCUAUCGCCAUGGCUCAGGCCCUGAAACACCUCCGCAGCAUCCAGGUGAUCAACUUUGGAGACUGCCUGGUGCGGCCAGCGGGGGCUGCAGCGAUCGCAGAAACCGUCUCAGAGGGUCUUCCAAUCCUCAAGGAACUCAACCUGUCUUUUUGCGAGAUCACAGAGGAAGCUGCUCUGGCUGUGGCACAAGCAGUGACCAACAAGGAUCAGCUGGUGAAACUGGACUUAAAUGGUAACUGUCUCGGAGAGGAUGGCUGCAAAGCUCUGAGAGACGCUAUGGAAGAUAUGAACAUGGGGGAGAUCCUUGGAUCCCUCAGUGACGACGAGGGUGACCAAGACGAUGACGACCAGGACGAUGAUGACGAUGAUGAGGACGUGGAUGAGGAGGAAUUAGAGGAAGAAGAAGAGGAGGAGGAAGAAGAAGAAGAAAGCAAUGACAACAAGCUGUCUACUCCUGUGUCGGCGCCUCGGCCACCAGAUGUGUCGUCCUUCCUCAGCUUUCCUUCUCCAGACAAACUGCUCAAACUGGGAGCCAAGAGAGCGUUGCUGAUCGAGCAGCAGGUGGAUGUUAGCGAUGCAACAAAAACAGCUGAAGCUUUCCUCAAGAUAGCGUCUGUGUACAAGGAGGAGAAUGAUGACGUUAAGAACGCAGUGCUGGACAGUAUCGAUGCUCUUCUGAAGAAAGCGUUCUCCACUCCUUCCUUCCAAGGCUACACCUUUGUGUCAUCUCUGCUGGUGCUGCUUGGACUGAUCAAGAGUGAGGACAAAGUGAAGCCUGUGCUCGUGGUUCCCGGCCACCUCAUCACCUUGGAGCACGUCGUCAGACAGGACUACUUCCCCAAAGAGAACGUGGCCGUCCUCACGGCCUUCAUGUCCCGAAACGACAAGGUCCUGGACUCAUGUGGCAACGCAAGAAACGGCCUCCAAUCAACACUGCAUAGAGUCGGGGCUGACAGCUAAGGAUUGAGGAAACACACACAAAUUCACGGACUGAACUUUGACAUGAUGGAACCCAAUCCGAUGCAGACUAGCACAUGUGAAGGAGACUCCACUUGUUCUUCAGCAGCUCACCCUUCGAGGACACUCUUAUGGCAUUGAAGUACUUCAAGUAUCCUCGUCUAACCACAGGACAGCAAAGACAACCUGGGCUUCACGCUCUUUGUUUUCUGGUGAAGAAGAGGAGGCGGAUCUAACGUCUGGGUGUCGUGUCCGGGUUAGUGACACGUGACUGAAGCACAUUGGACUUUACUGCAAACUCAAAACGUUCUGAGCUGGAUUGAUCUGGACAUGAAGCAUCAGCCGUUGUACAUUUUUUAUUUCAUAUCUACCUUCACAGGGCUGUUUUUAUAUAUAUAUAUAUCUAUCAAAGGUUUUUGAAAUUCGAUAGAAAUAUGUGCAAACAACGGUGUUAUUAAAUAUCUAUUGAGUGGUGAAUAUAGAAAUAAGACUAAAGGUAACUUUAACCGUCAAAAGGGAUUAGAUGGCUUUAAAAGUUUCUUCUGCCUUGAAUGAGGCUGAGUUGUUGGGAGUUGUUUCAAAAUAAAACUUUUUUUGAAUG